UCGGGCCCUCGCGGGCCUCGAGCCCCGCAGUUUGCGCGGUGCUGGGGAGCGGCAGGCAGCGCCUCCCCCGGCAUCUGAGCGUCCUGUGCGAUCUGUGUGCCAAGUUUUCUCUUUAGGAUGCUUUUUUGCUACCCGUGGAUAAAAGACACCGCUGAACAUCUCAUGCUGCAAGUCGGAAUACUUAGAGGACAGCUGCUUUCUUAUUUUUCUUGAUAGUGUUCUGAGUUUGUUACCUUGUUACAAGAUUCUUCUCAACCUGGUGUCAGAUUUUAGUAAAGCGCAAGAUGGGGAAACCGUAGGGAGUUUGUAUCAUGGCAACAGAUGAGGAUGGACUGGGACUAUUUGAUAUCCGUUACAAUGCUUCCCCCUUUAAGGAAGAUGAUGAGAGCUCAGUGGAUAUUUAUGAUGGCUUGGACAAUGGUUUAACAGUUCCUGACAAUUCUACUCCAAGUUCUACACCAGCUGGAAAUAGUUUAAACUUAUUUGAUGAGAUAUUAAUUGAAGAAGGAACUGCAAAGGAAGCAUCCUACAAUGAGUUGCGGGCAGAAUAUGGAAAAUGUCAACAGCAAAUCAAAGAGUUGAUGAAGAAAUUUAAGGAAAUACAGGCACAGAAUGUCAUUCUACAAAAUGAAAACCAAGCUCUUAAAAAGAAUAUUUCAGCACUUAUCAAAACAGCAAGAGUGGAAAUUAACCGUAAGGAUGAAGAAAUCAGUAAUCUCCAUCAAAGACUAUCGGAAUUCCCCAAUCAUCGAAGUAGCUUCACCAGAACGUAUCUUCCAGGAUCAACUAAUGGAAGGUGUUUCGAGAUGUGUAAAUCAAAAGAGCCAAAAUUCAGACCACCUGAUGUAGGUGACAGUUUAAAGAUGGAUCACAGAACAAAAAAUGACUGUACAAAAGAUACAUAUCACAAUUACUCAUCUCAUAAUAUGGACAAUGGGAAGUCUAACUCAGAAAAAAGAAACAAUCCGUAUUUACUGAGAUACCCUCCUGAAGAGCUCUGCAGUGAUGGUACUCAUACAUGUCUACAAAAUUAUGACCACUGUUCUAACAAGGAUAAUAGAAAGGAAAGAAAAGAAAUGAAAAGCGAUGAACAGUAUAGCAGGGGAAAUGUCAACAAAUACAAAAGAGAAAUACAUCAGAGCACUGGUAACAGUAUUGAUAGCGAAGAUUCAGAUCCUCAUCAAAAGCUGAAAACUCCUUCAGAGAAGGCUAGUAAAAAUGAGUUACAACAAAAAAGUCAGAGCACAAAACUCAAAUGUAGUCCAAGUGUAGAAAGAAGGGUAGAAAAAAGUGUAUCUUCCUGGGAGAAACAAGCUACCAGUAAGGACAGGUUUCAGACAAGAGGCGACUUGUAUACCGAUGAGAGGUCACAAAUUGUGACUAAAAAAGACAUUAAAACGCAUGAUAAAGAUGAAAAAAACUCUGGACAAAAAAAUAAACCAAAUGAAAAACUACAGGAGCAACCAAGGAGGUCUGGUAGAGUCAGUAGUCCACAUUCAAAGAACCUACAUGAAUCACGUAAAUUUCGCCUGGAAGAGUCUAGGAAAGGAAGAGACAUUGACCACAAGAGAGAAAGAGGAACAAAUGAUUAUACUUCUCGAGAAGGAAGGUCUUCACCUUCUAAUGCCAGCAGUAGAGAGCAUAAAUAUGCACGCUCCAAGGAAACCAGUAGUAGGUAUGAAUGGGAAACGGCACAUUCAAAAUCAGAGAGACAUAGAACUGAAGAAAAAAGGAAAAGAGAGAGAGAGAAUCAGGAUGAAAAUAGACAUUCUAGAAAUGAAAGAAAAAUUACAAAAGAGCUUUCUCACCAAUCUGCAAAAGACUAUAAGAAAGGUACAGAUGUUACAAAAGGUGAAAAAAACAAAUCUCAUAAACCAGAGGAAACAUCUAGAGUAACAGAUAGUUUAAAAGAACAUAAAGCUUCAAAAACUAAAGUUGAUCAAACUGAGGCAAAAAGCAAAGACUUGAAACUCAGCUUUAUGGAAAAACUAAAUUUAACUCUUUCUCCUGCUAAAAAACAAUGUCUCUCUCCAACUAAAGAAUUUGAAACAACUUCCCAAAAGGUGAGUGAUGAUGGAAGUGCAGAGCUCACAAUGCAGGCAGAAAUACUAGAUUGUAACCACCAUGUUAACUGUGGUCCUCCAAAGCAAACUAAUUCACCACUAGAAGUUCUGGAUAGUGCAGCUCAGAUCAACCUGGAACAAGCAAUGCCUCCUGCGAAUCCUGAUAGUGAAGCCUUGAAAACAGCAGCAGCAGGUCCAGCACAGUCUGAAGCAUUGCCAGCAGUGGCAGCUGAUGAUAUGAGCUCAGAAACCUUACCAGAAACAGUAGUGGGUCAGGUACAGCCCCAGGCUUUGCCAGGAGCAACAGAGGUACUAGUUCCUGAUGAAAUGCAGACAGAAACUUCAUCGGCAGCAGCAGAGGCUCCUGAUUUGGCUGAAUCUGAAGCCUCAGCAACAGCAGUAGCAGCAAUGGAUCUGGAUCACCCUGAAGCUUUGCCUCUGGAUGUGGUAGGGAGUGUUGCACAGUCUGAAAAUUUACCUGUAGCAGUGAGUGUGACACAGGAUGAUAACAUGCCAGCAGCAGAAGUGACACAAUCUGCAUCUGCCAGUGAAAGUCUGGGGGCCAUUCCUGAGUUUGCAGCAGAGAAGGAAGAGGAAGGUAACAUAUGGCCAGCUGCUGAUGUACAAAACUCACAGGACCAACAUAGCUCUCAAAACCUUGCCUUAGAUGACUCAGAGGCCAGGAGUUCUGGUGACUUGAAGUCCUGUGGUAUUGCUGAUGAUAUUAGGGAAAUGCAACCAGACUGUUUAAUAAAAGUAAUACAGGAUGAUGAUCACUUGGCUGCAGAAAAUGUUGAGUGUUCUAUUGAGAAAACAAAUGUCUGCAAAGUUAAUGUGAACAUAUCUCAGUCACCUGACAGAACUGUAUUAACUGAUAAGGAGGUACCGUUAGUUGACCAGAAUGUCUGUAAUGUGGAGCCAGACUUACCCGAAAUCACUACGACAGUAUCUUCUCUUAGUGGUGAGACAUAUCCUAGAACUAAAGAGAGAGAAACUAACCCUAUUCCUGUUGAUGAUGACAGUUCAAUAUUGAGCAUUGAUCUCAAUCACUUGAGAUAUAUUCCGAAGGCUAUCAGCCCACUGAACAGUCCAAUGCGUCCCUUGGCUAAAGCACUUAGGAUGGAAAGUCCCUGCAAAGGUCUUGUGAAGAGUUAUAACAAAGAUCUAAUUCCUGAAAGUGCAGUUGUCAUCUGUCCCUCAAAGAAUUUGUCCAAGGAGGUGAAUAAAGAAAACCAAAAGCCAGUUAGCAUGUCUGGUGAACACUUAGAGAUGGAGUCCCAGCUGAGCAUCUCUUCAGAUGAAAUAGAAGAAGGAGAAAUCAUAAGUAGUGAUGAUGAUGAAGAAAAAUCUAAAACAGAAAGAACCUCUGAAAAUACGAAAAAAUCAAGACCAAGGUCUUCUCCUGAAACACGAAAUUUGACCAGCAAUCCACAUAAUCAAAAGAGUAAAACAAUCUGUGGCAAUGAAGAUAAUGGAAAGUUUGUUUCUGUGAAAUUAAGUAUAAAGAAGAGCAGAGAGAGACAUAAAAACCAGACCUUCAGAUCUUCAAAGGAGAUGAAGAGAAAUAAAACUGUAAGCAUUGCUUGUCUUGAAAAAAUGGUUCAAAUUAUUAUUGAACCUUCAACUGUACAAGAAAUUAUGCAAAUGCUAAGAGCUAUACGAAAGCAGGUGAGGAAGAAUUAUAUGAAGUUCAAGGUACACUUCCCAGUUCAGCAUUUUCACAGAAUUAUAGAAUCUGCCAUCAUAAAUUUCACAUCAUUAAUAAAGUACUUGAACUUCUCCAAGAUGUCUACAUUAGGUGAGACUUUAAAAUUGAAUCUCUGUGAUACUAUAGAGACCAAACUUAAGCUAGUUAAAAAGAAUGUCAUAGUGGAUCGUCUUUUUGAACAACAAGUAUCAGAUAUGAAAAAACAGUUAUGGAAGUUUGUAGAUGAGCAGCUUGAUUACUUAUUUGAAAAGAUAAGGAGAAUUUUAGUAAAAUUAUGUGAUGCAGUAAGUGUGGGAAAUGAGAGUGAGGAAGGGAAGUUCGAAAGAACAGGAAAACAAAAAUACAAAAUUAGUCACAAAAAUGAUGUUCAGAGGCCUCGAAAAAAAUCCUUGAAUGCUAGAUCUCAAAAGACUGAAGAAUAUAUCCUUUCUAAGCCAAUUGUAGAUUAUCAACCACCUAAAAAGUGUCACCAUGAGAAAAAUAAAACUGAUGCACCAAAAACUAUCUUUACAAAGUGUCUUAACUCCAUUGAUAACACAAGAAUUUCCCAAACCAAAGUGCAGCCCUCUAAAGAGAGUAGUUUACAAGGCACUCUCACGCCACUGAAAAGUACAAGGCAUGAAAAGGAAGGAUUUCAGCUAGCCAAAGAGGCUAACAAGUCUGAUCUUAAUUAUGAUCUUCUCACAGAGCAACAAGCAUCCAGUCUUACAUUUAAUCUUGUGAGUGAUGCUCAGAUGGGUGAAAUUUUCAAAAGUUUGUUGCAAGGUUCUGAUCUCUUGGAAAAAAGUAGUAACAAUAUCGAUAGACAUGAAUGGGAAUUCAGGACACCAGAAAAACAGCUUUUAGAAAGUCAGAAAUGCAGAAGUAAUAACGCUGGAUUAAUUCAAGAGAUUAUUCCGAAGGAGGCUUGUGUGGAAUCUCAUCCAGUAGAGGAUAUUAACUGGCCCGUUGUUUCACCUGUAAGAGCUCCUUCUUUAUCAUCCAGGCUUCAAAUGUCAGUUGAUCCAAAUGUACUAGAUGAAAGCUGUAUGUUUGAGGUUCCUACAAGUGCAACUUCAUGCAAAGAUAAUGAGUGCAGUUUACAAAAAAAUAAAUCCUUUGUUUCUUCUAUUCUUCUUGAAGAUUUGGCUGUUUCUUUAACUAUUCCAUCACCUUUGAAAUCAGAUGCUCAUCUCAGCUUCCUAAAACCUGAGAAUACCUCUGGUUCAACUCCGGAGGGUGUACUUAGUGCACAUUACAGUGAAGAUGCACUUCUCGAAGAGGAGGAUGCCACUGAACAAGACAUUCAUUUGGCUUUAGAGUCUGAUAACUCAAGUAGUAGAUCAAGUUGUUCUUCAUCAUGGACAAGUCGGCCUGUUGCUCCCGGUUUUCAGUGUCGCCCCAGCCUACCAAUGCAAGCAGUAAUCAUGGAGAAAUCCAAUGAUCAUUUUAUUGUAAAGAUUAGGCGUGCAGUGCCAUGUACCUCACCAGCAUCUGAUCAGAUGGCAUUAAUGAAGGAGGCAUGGGCAUCCUCAACCAAGAAUGAAAAUGAAAUAAUGAAAGGUGAAAGAGAAAGAAAAGAAAAAGAAAGAGAAAGUCAGAAUUUGUUAGCAGCCACUGUGCAAGGAACUGUCAAGCCAGAUCUGACUAAGGCUAAUCAGUUGCAUUACGUCAGCACUGGGCAAGAACAAAGUCCUGCCUCACCUCAGCUUCUGAAGGAUUCGCCUAAUAGUACUGGAAAGGAAGAAACUGUAGGUUUGCUUGGGCCCUGUAGAAAAUCUGCAAACACAAAUAGCUUUGACACUGAAAGCCUAAAUGAAGACUGUGAGAACUCUCAAACAGAUGAAUUGAAAGUAUCUGAAAGCGUAAAUGAUGUUGUGGUUAGAUCGGAAGCUUCUUAUCCCAUUGGAUGCACUGUAGAGUCAUGCAUAGACUUAACAGAUGAUACUGGUAAUGAAAAUUCAUGUCUUGCAGUGCAAUCUACUGCAGAUAAAAGGAGUCAGGAAACUUCUACUGGGAACUCAGAAUUCAAUGAUAAAAAGGAAGACCUGGAUGAGUGCUCGGUUGAUGCAUUUAUAGACUUAACAGAAGAGCUUUCCAAUGAGACUGUGGCAGGUGAUGGUAGCCUUGAAAUAAAAUCCACUUCAAAUACUGAUGUAGAUUGCCAAAUAAAUACAGAUGAUAAAACUAGUAAAAAAAGGAAAAAAGACACUAUAGAAGACAAUUAUAACUCAAAAAGAAAACGGAAAGAAAGUGAAUCAGUGGGUGAAGGAAAUGUUGGGAGUCAUGUGAAAUCUGAAGAGAUAAAUUCAGUAUCCAAACAAUCUUCCAGUAAGACGAAUGAGUUGCCAGAGAACAAAGACUCUUCUCCUUUGGCUUCGUCUGCAUCGUCACCUAGUCUAUAUGCCAAAAACAUUGUUAAAAAGAAAGGAGAAGUAGUAGUUUCCUGGACAAGAAAUGAUGACCGCGAAAUCUUACUGGAGUGUCAGAGAAAAGGACCGUCAAGCAAAACUUUUGUUUCCUUAGCCACUAGGUUAAACAAAAGCCCAAAUCAGGUUUCGGAAAGAUUCAAGCAGUUAAUGAAGCUUUUCAAGAAAUCCAAGCGCAAGUGAACUUAUUACCAAGCUGCUUUGUGGUUACUGGGUUUAGCUGUUUUCAGCAAUGAGACUACAACCAGUGCAUUCAUAUGGUAGGGCUAAUGGAGGUGUCCAAGUCAGAAUACUUAGUUCAGUAAAUCUGGUGCACUGUUAGUUGUUUGCUUCUGUGACAAUGCUUCCACUGAAAUGCUUUUUCCUGGUCCGUACAGCAGGGCAAUAACAACAGACUAUCUGAGAAAGAGUAUGCACAUAUAGGUAGAGCUAUAUCAUUUUAAGGUGGUGAAUCUCCUGUUGAUUAAAUGUGUUCUGUAAGCACGGACAAGCGUGCAGUCAAGUGAAAUUGAUGGCUGUUACUUAACUUGUGAGAAGUACUGUAUAUGGUGAUGUGGAACGAUAAUUGAAAAAAAUAGGAGUUCUUAAACUAGUUGGUAGGUAAUUCUAGUUGGUAGAUAAUCCUAGAAAAUGACAAAUACAUCAUCUUGGUUAUGUUGAAACAUGGAAACUGGUACUUCGAGAAGUUAGGCCUUUUCCUUUUAAAAUAGCACAGUGCAAGGGUAGCAAAAUUCCCAAACCUGCUUAUCUAGUAAUUGGAUUAUGAUGGUAAGGAAUAGGUGGUUCUUUGCUACUUUGUCAGCUGUUCAUAAUCUGCUUCAAGGAAGGAAUCUAGAACUGUGUUUGUCUUCAGCUUUAAGCAUGUUCUCUAAGCCACUUCUUUGCGACUUCAGUGUUCAACAGAAAGAAAGGAAUGAAUUCCUUUCUGAGGGUGCUUAUCUCUCUCCAUUGACAAUGGAGAAUGCCUAAGCAAUUGGUUUAGAGUAGAAUCCUAAUUUACAGAUUUUUGAAAUCAAAGAGUCCCACAUUGGAGAAAGUGAAACCAGUCAUUAAUGCAGUGACCAGUUUUCAGAUUCUUUUAAAUUGUAAAAUGCAAUGAUAAGGAGCAAUCGUUUACCAAGGAUCUGUAAUUGAAAAUAUUUUACAGUUCUGAUGAUAUUUAAACAGCCUUAGUGUUGAAUUUUGCACUGCUGAUUAACUUUUCUUUCAGAAAAAAAUACAUAGGAUUUUUUUUUCAAAAAUAGUUUUUGCUUUGAAAAUGGAUAAUAUUUAUCUUCUGCAAAUUACAUUUGGGAAAGGCACUUAAAUUUCUGAGCUUAAGUUAAGCUAAAGUAACUUGACAGGCCUUCUACAUAAUGAACAUUGUUUUGUUUCCAAAAAAAAAAAAAAAAAAAACAACAUAGCAAGCCAUUUUCUUUUCAACAAUUUGGAAAUAGACCUUUACAGUUUUAUAAAACGUGAUUGAUACUUACUAAGAGACAAACUUUUUUGUAAAAACAAGCAUUUUCAAAAGCCUAAUUGACUUGUUUUGACAGCAGUGUAUCUAUCUUGACGAAUUUAGUGCCUCAGAAAUUCACAACAUGUUUUAUUUAAAAAAAAAAAAACUUACAAAUGCUUACAAUUUUACUAUAGGUACUAAAAGUAAAUAUAUAUAUUAUUGCUUCAUCCUAAAUUUAUAAAAAGCUUUUUAUUUUAAGAAACAUUGAUUUAUAAACCAUCAAAUAUUUACUGGGAGUUGCACAGGUCAUGCUUGGAUUGUGAAUUCAUUGGGGUCUGAGAUUUUUUAAUUCUUUAUUGAGGAGCUAUAGUCUUUAUUUAGUCAAAACAUCUGCUGAGCUUAGCUAGAGCUUUGUUUGAGUAGCAGCUCCACCUAAAAGCACAAACUUUUUUUCUGAAAUUCAGUGACCACUUUUUCAGAAUAAUGUGUGGGGUUUUUUUUGUUUGUUUUUUGUUUGUUUGUUUGUUUUUGGCCCCUCCCCAAGGCAUAGCAACUAACAAGAUAGACUUCUGAUUCUAUAAACCAUCAAAUAAUUCAUCAACAAUGUUGCCACUGGCAUCUUUGGAGAAUUAUCAGCAUGUCCUAUGGAAGUAUGAGUGUCACACUGCCAAACAGUGUCUAAUGCUCAUUUUAGACAGUGCUCUGGAAAAUGUUAGAAAGAACUACUUGAAUAGGUUAUGAUGUCGACUUUGGCAGUCUUCCAUCUUCUGUGCUUGCUUCUAAAACGUUUGCUUUUGAGAAUCAAGUGUCAUCUGAACUACACAGGCAGUGCCUAGUGAUUUCAGUUGGGGAUUUGUAUACCUAUCCAUGCUUGCUCUAAACAAACAUUUGUGACAAUUGUUUGCUUACUAGAGAUUUAGAUCUAACUGAAUCUGUUAGUUUGUGGAGUAUUGUUUAUGCCCAGAUUCAGCUCAUAUUUCAGAUUUUUUUCCUUAAACAUACUGUUAUAGAGGAAAAUGUGCACAAUACUGAAGGCAUUGAGGGAAGUAGCCUCUCUUCACUUAAGUGAAGUAAGUAACCUCUCUGUCUCACAAAAGCAGGCAGUAUUUUACUACAAAAUCGUUUAUUCCUCGUCUAUGUUUAUCUACUUUUGUAUUUGUAAAGGUGGGGGGCAGGGAAAUUGCUGUUUUGGUUCUGACUUGGAUUCCUUUUUUGUAAAUUAUUAAACUUUUUUUAUGUUCUGUCUACUGUAA